AUGGCGCAAACAACAGAAACCAUCUCAGCAUCAAUGCCCUUCCCAGCCCGACAGUCCACUCAGGAAGAAGCCUCGCAGAGAGCCAAAGUGAAGAUGGGAACUCCCCGACCCCCGGUGUUCGAGGAUAAGUUGAAAGAGCGUGAAUACCUCAAGGGACGACUAGCUGCUGCGUUUCGCAUCUUUGGAAAGAACGGCUACGACGAGGGAGUAGCCGGACACAUCACGCUGCGCGACCCAGUAGACCCCAAAACCUUCUGGGUGAACCCAUUCGGGGUUGCAUUUUCACAGAUCAAAGCCUCGGAUCUGAUCCAGGUGAAUCACGCUGGGGAAGUGAUUGACGGGGGCCCAGUUCGGAUGCUCAAUGCCGCUGCGUUCAUGAUCCAUUCUGCGAUCCACGAGGCCCGACCGGACGUGAUAUGUGCGGCGCACAGUCAUAGUCUAUAUGGACGGGCGUUUUGCUCGCUCGGUCGGCCGUUGGAUAUCAUCACUCAGGAUGCUUGUGCUUUCUACGAUGACCACAUCCUGUACAAACAAUUCAACGGUGUCGUCCUCGCCGAGGAAGAAGGGAAGAAUAUCGCCGCGACGUUGGGUGCUAAGAAGGCGGCUUUGCUUCAGAAUCAUGGUCUGUUGACGGUGGGUCGCACCGUCGAGGAAACUGUGUUUUGGUUCGUGAGUCUGGAGAAAUGCUGCCAUGCGCAGUUGCUGGCCGAUGCGGCGGCGGCAGGACGGGGGGGAACAAGUGUGAAGAUUGACGAUGCAGAUGCUGCGUUUACGUAUAAAACCGUGAGGACUCCGGUGGCUGGGUGGUUCAGUGCGAAACCGCUGUUCGAUGUGAUUCAUGAGGAGACGAGGGGGAGUUAUUUGAACUGA